AGCGCGCUGCCGGCGUGUACCACCGGGAGUCCCGCUGGGGGAAGUACCAGCUCACCUAUGCAGAAGCCAAAGCCGUCUGCGAGUACGAGGGAGGACAUCUGGCCACCUACCAGCAGCUGGAAGCCGCGAGAAAAAUAGGAUUCCACGUGUGUGCUGCUGGCUGGAUGGCAAAGGGCAGAGUUGGUUAUCCCAUAGUAAAAGCUGGAGCCAACUGUGGCUUCGGGAGAACGGGGAUUGUGGAUUAUGGGAUUCGCCUCAACAGGAGCGAGAGGUGGGACGCCUACUGCUACAACCCCCACGGAAAAGAAUGUGGUGGAGUCUUCACAGAUUCAAGACAUAUUUUUAAGUCUCCAGGCUACCCAAACGAGUAUGAAAACGACCAAAUUUGCUACUGGCACAUCAGAGUGAAGUAUGGACAACGCAUCCACCUGCAGUUCCUAGAGUUUGAUGUUGAGGAGGACGUUGCUUGUAUGGCUGAUUUCCUGGAGAUCUACGACAGCUACGAUGAUGUCAACGGCUUCAUGGGCAGGUAA